AUGGGUCUCAUCUCCUCCCCCUUGCCCGCCUACACGGGCGCCUACCGCGUCGGCACGCUCGACGUCGAAGUACCCGUCCCCGAACCUCGCUCCUUCGGCACCGCCUUGCUCAGAACCACGAACGAACCGGCCUUGCAACUCGACACCAUCCUCUGCACCUUGUUCUACCCCGUUGAGCCUCACAAUGCCAAGGGCAAAGGAAGGAUGCCGUGGGUGCAGAGACCUAUUGCCACAACCGCACAAGGUCAGCUCAGUCCCGAAGUGGCUUACUCGGCGCUCGCUCGGUCUUUCGGGUUUCUCUCCGAAGAUUUCGCAGUCCCGAGUUGAGCUCCGAUACGAUGGGGACGAGCCUCGGCCGAGGUGCAACAUCGCUGACAUCUUGUCCAAUAUACGACAGGCUACGCUCAUUUCACGCAGCAAAAACCUUGGCUCAUCCGCCUUAUCUUGGCCAUCUUCGCGCGCAAUAAAUACUUGCCCGCCGGGAUCGACGCACCCCUCCUACCCGGCACGCCACCGUCCGCGGGUACCCAGCACACGACUCCUGAGAGCUCUUCCUCGUCCACCUCCUCGAGGACGGUCAACUCGAACUCUUCCUCAUCGUCCGCAUUGCCCCUGUUGGUCUUUUCCCACGGUCUGGCCGGCACACGGACGACGUACUCGCAGUACUGUGGCGAGUUGGCCUCGAGGGGUUACGUCGUUGCCGCGAUCGAACAUCGCGAUGGCAGUGGGCCGAGCACGAUCGUCACCCUCGAGCAGGGAAAGGAAAAAGUCGUGGAGUACAUCCAACCUGAUGAUCUGAUGCGAGUCCUGCCCACGGCGUGUGGGGUUUCUUGACUUGGAAGCCGGAACUGACGAGAAUAUUCGUCUCGGAUUCGUCACUAGUUUCCCACCGCCGAACCCAACCUUGUCUCAACUCGCUCACCGCAGAGAGCAACUCGUAAUGAGACUAAGCGAGAUUGAAGAACUCGUCAAGACCCUGUCUCAGAUAAAUGAUGGUGAAGGUGAAUCGCUGGCCCAGCAGAAUCGUCGAGCGCCGUCGAACGACCCCUCUUACGGGAAGCAAUUGAGCGAAUGGAAGGGUCGUCUCGACUUUGGCAAGAUGAGCAUGGUCGGUCACUCGUUCGGUGGAGCCACGACGUUGGAGGUAUUGAGAGCGUGUAGUAAAAGGUUUGAAUUCACCCGAGGUGUCGUGUUGGACCCGUGGGUCGACCCCAUCGAUCCCGUCGAGGCGCAGGCGAGGACCGGCCAAGCCAAACCUAUGUUGACGACCGACUCGACCUCGCAAGGCUCCUCCGAGGAAGAGCAAAUCAAACGUUCGGCCAACGAGAUCGACGUCCCUCUUCUUGCCAUCAACUCGGAGGCAUUCACGCUAUGGCAAGCGCACUACAAGCUCGUCCGCGCCAUCGUUGAACAUGUUCAAGCACCUAGUUGGUUCAUGACCCUCGUAGGUACCGUCCAUCUCAGCUUCUCCGACUUCCCUUUACUCUUCCCCCUGUUCGCGAAAAAGUCCGGGGCUAGGCUCGAUGCGAAAGAAGGGAUGACCAAGUUCGUCGAGGUCUCGGAGGAGUUCUUGGGUGGGUCAGGCAAGUCGGGCAAAUGGUUGGGGAGGGAGAUCGUUCCCGGUGAUGAAGCGGGGUUGAGAGAAGGGGAAGGGUACAAGCAGAGCGGUGGUAAGCCCAUGGAACCGGUAGGGGAUCUGAGGAUGCAUGUCGUGCCUGAGGAUGAUGAGCGGAACAAGGGGAACAACCCGAAAUUGUGA